AUGGGUCACGGAGGAAACAACAUCAUCCCGAAUGUGCACUUUCGCAAGGUCAAUGGCUGUCAGGCCGGACGCAAGAACCGCGUGUUCAUGCGCACGUGGUUGGACCAGGCUGGCCGCAAGAAGCGCCGAUCCAAUGCACGCAAGGCCAAGGCCGCCAAAGUGUUCCCGCGGCCGGCUGCCGGCCUGCUGCGGCCGGUGGUGCACCCUCCGACGCAGCGCUACAACAUGAAGCUGCGGCUUGGCAAGGGCUUCACCUUGGACGAGCUUAAGGAGGCCAAGAUCCCCAGGAAGUAUGCCAAGACCAUUGGCAUCGCAAUUGACCACCGCCGCAGGAACCGCUGCACGGAGAGCCUCCAGGCAAAUGUCGAGCGCCUGAAGCUCUACAUGUCCAAGCUCCUGCUCUUCCCAAAGAAGGCUGGUGCCAAGAAGGUCCGAAAGGGCGACACGCCGCGGUCGGAGCUGGAGAAUGUGGCUCAGAACACGCUGAAGGACAUCAUCCCGGUGCCCAAGCCCGAGAAGCGCACCCGCGCCCGCGCGAUCACCUCCGAGGAGAAGGAGGCCUCGGCCUACAAGCAGCUCAAGAAGGCCCGGACCAACAAGCACUACCUGGGUGAGCGCAUGAAGAAGGCCAAGGACGCCGCCGCCAAGGAGACCUGA